CGUAUACCGUGAUGGAACGACCGUUUUCGCCGCCGCUAGUCACAGUCAAGUGCUGCCGGUUUGAUCUGCGUCUGUAACCCUGCACCGCACCGUGCUCCACCGUGUGCAGCACAAAUCUCAGGGGGUCGGAAGUGUAGGGUGGCCAGUAGCGAAUAGUGUGCGUGAAUCUAUACGCGAGGGGGGUGAAAUAGUAACAGGCCAUAAUAAUACUAGGGAUUUUUUUUCGCGCUCGUUCGGGAAAGGUUACCCUCCCGUCUUCCGCCGUUCGUCGGAAGGACCCGCGAGUGUGACACACGGUGCGAAUUUAAUUACUGAUAAUCCUUUCGGGUCGCAAUUGUUCUGUGACAGAGCCGCCGAGCGGACUGGCCUUUCUGGCUUUGUGGAAGAUCUUGUUGGAAGAAGUUUCUGCGUAGGUGUCGAGUGUUUGAAAUCCAGAAAUCCAAUUGGAAGCCGUUGAUAAUUGGACAGUGUUUGAAAAAACGAGUAGUGGAACGCAAGUGCAAUAUCCAUAGGUAGCGACGGGUUUGCGAAAGUUUUUACGGUGCAAUGCAGUAAAAUGGCUACAAUGAUGUCACACAAUUUGCCGUUGAUACCGUUGCCUCUGAAGGCCACAACGGCGGCAGCUUUGGCAAAGACUACGGCCGGGUUGAUGAUGUCCGGGUUGCUAGGGAAGCACCCGGGAGAAGAUAUCUACGGAAAUGGAGCCCUUGGUUUGCCGACGGAUCGCAGUAGUCCGGAUGUGGCCAGUAGUGAGGCACGGUCAAGUCCGGAAUCGUUGAUGAUGGUACAGCAAAAGGAACGUGAGGAUGACCGGAUGAGUUGCUGCAGUGACGAUAGUGAACUGUCUGUGGGUCAAGAGGGACUGGACGGAAGUGACAAAACUAUGAACAGUGUUGAGAAACUGAGCGUAAUUAGUGCAAAUUCAAGGAUGACUGGUGUGGACGUUGAAAAACUAAUUGAUCGGCACAGUGUUGAGGUGGGGGAUGAAGUGAGCAAUGAUUCUUCGCGAUAUUCAAGUUCCAAGGACCCGUCGGAGGAUUUCAUGAAGAUUCCGCUGAUGCGACCUAGUCCAACGCGAUUGCACGAAGAGUUCCUAAGAAAUUCGCAACUAUAUGCGGAAGAACUGAUGCGGCAACAGAUGCAAAUCGUGGCCGCAGCGCGGGGUCUGAACCUGAGUCCAAAGCCGUUGGAUCCAGGACUGGGGUUGGUUACCAGACUACAAGAUAAUCGUAGUCCCGGUAGAGUAGGCUUCAUUGACGAGCAGAAAAUAGGCUUUCGACCGCACAUCCGAGGCGUCGGGGAGAUAUACCAGGAUCGUCACCGCUGGUCCGAUGAACGAAGUGUCCAAUCUCCUCCGGAGUCGUCUUCCUUCCGCGGAAUCCACUCGCACCUGAGUGCCAUCUCUCAGAUAACCCAGAAUCUCAACAGUGACAUCAGCAAGCUAACCUCCCCUUCAAGUCUAACCAGUAUGACCUCGCGUGAAAGUUCGCAAUCACCUCCACAAGCCGCCGCUCAUCUCCUACAGAUGAACAACAACAUCGCUCUGAACGAUCAAAACCUCAAAUUCAGCAUAGAUAAUAUUCUGAAGGCCGAUUUUGGCCGCCGCAUCACCGACCCAUUGAAGCGCAGUGGCAAAAGCUAUGCGAAAAAGCCGUCGGCUCCCGGUGAAAAGCCUACUGCGAUGGAUCUGACGGCAGUCGAGAAGCUCAGUGCCGUCAUUGCGAAUGGCACUAGCGGUAGUGCGAAUAACAGUGCCAGCAGUGUUGCCAGCAGAAGCCUAAGUUCAAGUGCAAGUGGAAGUGAAAUCGAAGUACCCACGUCUCCGUCGUCGUCCAGUGGCAAGGCCGGGGAGACGGGAAGUAGUGGUGGCGGUGGGAGCAGUUCAUCGUCAUCCGGAGGCCCAAUGGUAUGGCCAGCCUGGGUCUACUGUACCCGCUACAGUGAUCGUCCUAGUUCAGGUGAGUUGAUCAGCAGCACACAUUCCUGCCGGCUGAUGACCAGCUUUUGA